CCCCUCUCAGACGGAGUUGACGGAUCGUCCGGAAGAGAAAGAAACGGCUGCUGCCUGGCAUCACGCGCCUGAAUCCUGCCGGCCGGACGUUGUAGGACCACCAACCAACAACACGAUACAUGGCUCUCCCGCUCAAGGCUGUGUCUGCCCCCGGCAAGGUCUUGCUGGCAGGUGGCUAUCUGGUCCUGGAUCGUGACUACACCGGCCUUGUCUUUGGCCUGGACGCCCGGAUCCAUGUUGUCAUCCAGCCUCUGCCCACGCCGUCUGGCGUUUCUCUGCAGGAGAUUAUCGUCAAAUCGCCGCAGUUCAAGGACGCCGUCUGGCAGUAUGGCUACCGACAGGCAGCAGACGAUGCCGGGGUCGAGGUGACGCAGCUGGACCCAUCCCGCACCGGCACCCUCAACCGCAACCCCUUUGUCGAAACCACCCUCGCCUACGCCCUCUCCUACAUCACCGCCCUCACCCACGCCCCCAUCCCCGCCUCCACCAUCACCAUCCUCGCCGACACAGCCUACUACUCCAACACCCCCUCGCCCUCGCCCAACAACCCAUCCUCCCAAUUCGCAAACUUCGCCGUCCCGCUCCACUCCGCACACAAGACCGGCCUCGGCUCCUCCGCCGCCCUCGUCACCUCCCUAACCGCCGCCCUCCUCGCCCACUACCUCCCGCCCACCUCCUUCUCCCUCUCCCCCUCCCCCUCCACCAACACCGACAGCAACACCACCACCAACACAACCAACAAAAGCAAAACCCACCUCCACAACCUCGCCCAAGCCGCCCACUGCGCCGCUCAAGGCAAAAUCGGCUCCGGCUUCGACAUCGCCUCCGCCGUCCACGGCUCCGCCCUCUACCGCCGCUUCUCCCCGUCCAUCCUCGCCCAAACAACCUCUUCCACCCCCGGCUCCACCCCCGGCUUCGCACUCACCCUCACAUCCCUCGUCCAGGACACAGCAGCACCCCCAAAAUGGGACACCCAAAUCACGCCGCCGAACUCGUCUCUCUCUCCUCCUCCCCCCAAAACCAAUCCCAAUCCCAACGGCAGGACUACACCCCCCUCGCAUCCCACCUCGCCACAAUCCGCACCCAUCUCCGCGCCCUCACCGCCGCCGCAAACGUGCCCAUCGAGCCAGUCGAGCAAACACGCCUUCUAGACACGAUUUGUGCGGUUGAGGGCGUGGUCGGUGGGGUUGUGCCGGGUGCGGGCGGGUAUGAUGCUGUUGCUGUGUUGGAUGGAGGAUUGGAACGGAACGGAGGGUGAAAAUUCAACAUUUACGUGUGCAUAUACAUACAUACAUGCAGUCAGUGUGCUUCAAG